AUGAAAGACCACUCAACAAACGAUACCGAUUCAGAUGAAGAUGAUGAUAGUAAUGACAACAGCAGUACCAUUAAUGACGAGGACGAUGAUGAACACAACAGUUUCAACUCGGACACUGAGGACGAUCAUGAUUCGAUUACAACAAAUACAACAGACUUUCCUACAUUUGAUUUAGCAUUAGACUUGACAACGAGUGAAAUUAGUGAAGAAGAAAUUCUGAAUACGGAAGAAAACGGUAUGAUACUAUGA